UAUAAACAGCCGUGACAGAAAGACGAUCUCGAUUUUGUUUACACCGGAGGUUAUAAGAGAUAGGUCGUUGCUAACGUUUAAACGUGGAUACUGGGGAUGAAACAGUGACUCUCUGUUGUCUUUUAUCUUGCUGACGUUUGAGUAAAAGUCAAGAAUUAUGUAUCAGAGAGUAGGACGACCAGAUCCUGGCCUGAUAGCCACGGCCAACGCUGUCCAAACGGAGAUUAAAGACCUCAUGCAGAGUGGAGAGUACUACUGCACCAAUGAACUGGCCAACGAGCUGACAAGAAUCAACAAUGCCGUGGAUCAUCUUAAACUGGACGGAAAUAUCAUGUCCACUUCGGACAGUUUUAAGAGAUUUUAUGACCCUCGAACAAGCGUUCCCGAGGGUGUCAGACCAGCAGACAAUCUGGCUAACGCAGCAGGGUAUAUCAAAGAUCUCAAAUCACGACUCCACGUCAACUCAUUACGAGACAAACAAGAGAACCAGGUGCGGGAGCUUCACCAGUGGGGUGUGGACAACCUCAGGGGGAUCCAACAGGCCUUGGACACUUCGACUUACAAUGCUGCAGACCGUAUCCGACAGUUUGGAGAUUUUGUGGGAGUGACAGACAGAUUUACUGGUUACCGUAACAACCUGACCCGCGGGUCAAGAGAACCAGUCAGGAUGGAACCAAAGUGGGUUGACAAGACCCAGCGCACCGAGUACAUUAAUACCCUCAACUCCCGCAGGCCUUGGACAGCCUUCGAUCCUAGGACCACUUCCUCUGUGUAUUAUGGAGAACCCUCCGAAGUCCUCCAAAGCCGAGUCAGAUUUGGGUGCACACUGCCAGCCAAACGCAACAUCAGAGGUUACCAGACAAUUGACAGUCUUUACCCGCGGAGUAAUACGUUUUACGUCGACCCCACUGCUACACAAAACAACGGUCUUGUGGACCUCAAGCAUAAAAACGCAUUCAACGCCACGUCAAAAGACGAUUCUAGUAUUUUGAGAAUGACCACCAAGAAAGCCCCCGUAACUCUGUCCGUUCAGGAACAGGCUGGAAUUAACACCACGUUCCCCGGCCGCACUGAGUAUAUGCACAAAUACCAGACCCCGCCUAUGGAUAUACCCACAAGUGACUUUAAUAUUAACCCGAAGCCGAAUUUCCUCUUGCACGGACGGCCACUAGGGGAGACAACUUACGAAAGCCAUAGCACCGAGUACCAAACCCGCUACGAGUUCCCAGACAGCAACAAAAUUGUGCGCAUGCCCUGGCUACGAAAGUGAAAAGAAUAAAACUGCUUUAAAUAUUUCAUUUUGUCUCUAGAAUACAUGAAUGAUCUGAGUUGUUAAGCUUAUUUUAAAAGGAACUUAAGAAUAUUAUUCAAAUUUACAUUUAUAGCAUAAUGUAGAUCGUAGAGAAGUCCAAUGGGACAGGAUAUUUGUUAACUUUUUUGAAUUUUAUUCUUUUCUUCUACCAAAAUGUCUUUUUGUUUCUUAUCAUUUACCAAGUUGGUUUUCUAUAACAUAUAAUCCAUCAUAUCCGUUUUAUAGGGACAUUUCUCAAAACUAACAAAAAUAAAUAUGUUAAGUUUG